UGUAAACUUCACCAUCGGUAUUUUCCAAGUUUGAGCUGAAAUUUAAAGCCUCUUAGAUCACUUUUUAGCAGAUUUAUUGAAAGGACCAUAAUUUUUCUUUUCUUGGGCUUAGUGCAAAGAAAAGCCUUGUCAUUAUUUUUCUUUUCUUGGUCUUUUAGCAUAAGCCUCAUCUUUGUUGUUGUUGAAGCUGCUGAGAGAUUACCACAAAGAAUAGAAAAAAGAAUAAAAAAAUAAGGUAAAGAAUAAAAUAGUAUUAAACAAAAUUAUACGGAGCAUAAUUGAAACAAAAAAUGGAAAACCAUGACAUACCACCUAAUUGGUAGUUCAGAAAAAUGGGGGAUUUAGUAACAAAUCAUACAUCAUUUUUAGGAUACUACGGAAACAAACAUGAUUUUAUGGUAAUCAUACCAUACCAUGGAAAACUACUUUCCAAACAAGCUGUUAGUGACAUAAACUACAAGAGGAAAGGAGAUAUUGAGAAUCAAGAAAGUGAAAUUGGGAAAAACCACCAUGAAAAUUCGACAAAUUUGUGGAAUGGAAAUUUGUUUAUACCAGCUGAAAUAGGACAAAAGGAGAAGUCAUUUUUCGAAAAAUUGGAUAAUGAGCUUGAAAAAGUUAAUAGCUUUUACAAGGUCCAAGUAGAAGAAGCAAAGGAUGAAGCAGCUGCCUUGGGCAAACAAAUGGAUGCUUUAAUUGCUCUCCGGAAAAAGGUAAAAGAAAAAGAUAGAAAGGGAGACAAAGCUACUAAUGCAGCAUCCUCAAAGGUUACUUCUCCAAGCAGGGCGUCGAGUGAAGAGAAAAAACAGCUAGACUUCAAAGAAGAAGUGGACAAGUUCGGUGAGAAUAUCAUAAAACCGGUUUCUUCAAACAAUAAUAUAGAUCCUUCACUAUAUGAACAUGGACGUACUCCCUCAGAUGUUCUUGAAUGUGUCAAUAUUCAACAUACGUCCGGCGGUCCAAAAUCAUCGAUAGAAAGACUAUUGCUUGCUACCGCAGAGAAAGAGUGUAGCUUCAGUCGAGAAGAGCUAAAGGAGGUUGAAGUAAAGUUGAAAAAGGCCUUUGUUGAAUUAUACCAGAAACUUCGCCACCUAAAUCAGUACAGUUUUAUAAACCUCUCAGCAUUUUCUGUGAUCCUGGAAAAAUAUGAAAAGAUUACUUCAAGAAAAGUGAAGAGAUCGUACAUGAAAUUCGUGGAUAGCUCCUAUAUUGGAAGUUCUGAUGAGGUUAAUAAUCUUUUGAACAAGGUAGAAGCAACAUUUGUCAAGCACUUCUCCAAUUCUGAGCAGGGGGACGCCAUCAAAUUAUUAACGCCAAAAAGGAAAAGAGAGAAAUGCAGUGUACGGUUUGUUUCAGGAUUCUUCUGUGGAUUCUCGAUUGCUCUAAUUAUGGCUGUUGUGUUGAUCAUAAAAACAAGAAAGUUGUUGGACAAGGAGGAGGCUACUGUGUAUUUGGAUAGCAUCUUUCCCCUUUACAGUUUCUACGGUUACAUCAUCUUGCGUAUACUUUUUGGUGCUGCAAAUAUAUACCUAUGGAGGUCCUACAGAAUCAACUACUUGUUUAUACUAGGAUUCUAUCCAGGAACCGAAUUACACCACAAGGAAGUUUUCCUUUUAGCCUCUGGUCUUUCAGUUCUUGUACUCACUGGUUGCCUGGUACAACUGCAUAUCAGGAUGGACUCGAGGAUCCAAGAUUAUGAAACGUAUGUUGAACUGGUUCCGUUGGGAUUACUUAUUGUGAGAUUUUAUACAAUUAAGUCGAAUCCCGGAUGAACAUAAUCAUUUACAUUUUAUCUAAUCAGUUCUUUGAUGCAAAUGCAGGGUUUAGUUCUCAUAUGUCUCUGUCCUUUUAAUAUUCUUGUUCAAGCCGUUUCUUACUUAUUCGAAGUCUAUUUCGUAGUAUUUGUGCUCCUUUCUACAAGGUGGUUGAUUCUACUAUGCUUUGCUUGAAUUCUGUAUAUGUAUAUAUUUUUUCUCAACCUUUUGUUGAAUGUUGAUAGUCUUUACCUGCAGGUCAAUAUGAUAGAUUUUUUCUUAUCAGACCAGCUAACCAGCCAAGUUUCUUACUUUGCUGUGCCAUCAAUAGGUGAUAUGGAUCUUCAUUUUAUUAAUUUGGAUUUCUGACCCUUACCUGCAUCCGCUUGACCUCAGACACAAGCCAUAAGAAGUUUCGUAUACUAUAUUUGUUAUUAUGGUUGGGGGAAAGGCUCUAAAGGACGAAAAAUGUGCCACGUUAGUGAUGUCUACAUCGUCUUCUAUUACAUUUCAGCUGCAAUUCCUUUUUGGAUCCGCUUCUUACAGGUACUUAACAUUUCGUCAUGAUAUCUACAUUAGCCUAUCUGCAUGUACUUGGUAGACCAAAUUAAUGACCAGUGCAUGCGACGAUUGGUGGAAGAGAAAGAGAUGAAGCAUGGAUUCAAUGGUUUCACCUAUUUCUCAAUGCUUCUAUCAGUUAUCUUUCAGUCAAUAUUCAGACUCCGGAAAAAAAUGACUUGGAAAGUGUGAGCCUUGGCGAGCUCAGUUGUUGCAGCUCUGGCAAACAUAUCUUGGGAUAUCAAGAUGGACUGGGGUCUUCUUCAACGGAGGUCGAGAAAUUUUCUUCUGAGAGACGAGCUUUUACUACACCAUAAGGCUCCGUACUAUAUAGCCAUGAUUCUUGAGGUUCUCCUGAGAUUUGUAUGGCUUCAAGUAGUAUUGGGUUUUGACAUGCGCCCGCUGCGUGGAAAAGUCGUAACAAGCACAUUUGCAAGCUUAGAAAUUCUUCGUCGUGGUAUUUGGAACUUCUUUAGAUUGGAGAAUGAGCACCUAAACAAUGUUGGGGAGUACCGAGCAUUCAAGUCACUUCCACUGCCCUUCAUUACAUACGACGAGAAGGAUAGCAAAAAUUAGAAGGAUGACUCAAGCUCUGCUUAAUAUCUAUUCUGUUUCAUAAAAUGAUGGUGUAAUAUCUCAAGAGUACCCUUUUCUAUGAGGGUGGUAUACAUUUUCAAGUAUUGCUAUCAUGCAAGAAUUCUCAAAAGGGGAAGAAGAAAAGAGAAGAGGGGAAGAAGUCUAUAUAUCUGUACUAGCGUCUUACACAUGGAGCUUUUACUUGGUGAUA